GGAAGCAUUGGAACUGUUCUUUAGUGAGAGUGUCUCUCUCACUCCAUGCAGUCGUUAAGCCAGGCAGCAGAAGGGUGCGAGCAGAAAGGAGACCAGGGGAGGUCUAAUGGCACCCUCCCAGAUUACCCUGCGCUUAUUUUAAAUGCGUCGAGUGACUGACGCACACUUUGGUCGCCGGCUUUCUCGGAGGGAGAUCGAGAUAAACGAGUUGUUACUCCUGUUGAAUGAGAUGUGCCAAACUUUUCCGGGGGCCUGCACUUAAGUGGCGUUCAAUGCUGACCCACCAAUGUAAAGAUGGACUGCACAUGUUCGAGACAAACAGGCUCUUGAUGCACAUCCAAAGGAACAAUCCAGCCAAAAGACCGACCGAGCGACUGCAGAUAAAGGACUCCCAUCGCUCGUACCGCUGAUAUGAUGCUCUGCUACACAUUUGUGUACCACUUGCUCUCUUUGGCAGCACUUGCAGUAAUCGUGGGCUGCGGAGGAAGCGAGCAGAGGAGAGGGGCCGACAGAGGGGCCGACAGCAGCACCGGCAGCACAGGUGGCGGCGGCAGCACCGCAGGUGGCGGAGGCAGCACCGGAGGAAACGGCAGCAGACGUCUACACAGGAUCCAGCAUGGCCAGUGCACCUACACCUUCAUCCUACCCGAAGGAGGAGCGGCGGGCGAAGGUUCCUGCAAGGAGGCGAAGGCCGGGGGCCCUCAGUACAACACCAACUCCCUCCAGAGAGACUCGCCACCACCUGAACCAGACUUUUCCAAUCAGAAGAUCCAGCAACUGGAGCACAUUAUGGAGAAUUACACCCAGUGGCUGCAGAAGAUUGAGAAUUACAUCAAAGAAAGCAUGAAAACCGAGAUGGUUCAACUGCAACAGAGCGCUGUCCACAACCACACGGCAGCUAUGUUGGAAAUGGGCACCAACCUUCUCUCUCAAACUGCGGAACAGACACGGAAGCUGACUGACGUCGAGACCCAAGUUCUGAAUCAGACAUCAAGGCUUGAGAUUCAGCUUCUGGAAAAUUCUUUGUCCACUAACAAGUUGGAGAAGGAGUUAAUGGUGCAGACCAAUGAGAUCAGCAAGCUCCAUGACAAAAACAGCCUCCUGGAGCAGAAAAUGUUAGAGAUGGAGAUGAAGCACCAAGAAGCGUUGGAGACGCUAAAGCAGGAGAAAGGGAGUCUCCAGGUUCUUGUCGGGAGGCAGAGUGGGGUUAUCAAGGAGUUGGAGACGCAGCUGAGCAGCACCACAGGAAACAGCACUGCCCUGCAAAGGCAGCAGCAGGAGAUGAUGGAUACUGUCCACAACCUACUCAACCUUUGCUCCAAAGAUGGAGUUCCAAAGCCGUUGGACGAAGAGAAGAAGUUCCGCGAUUGUGCCGACCUUUACCAGGCAGGCUUUCAUAAGAACGGAGUCUACAACAUCCAGAUCAACCAGCAAGAAAACAAACGGGUGUAUUGCAACAUGGAAACAGCUGGCGGCGGAUGGACGGUCAUACAGCGUAGAGAGGAUGGCAGUGUGGACUUCCAGAGGACGUGGAAGGAAUACAAAAUGGGUUUUGGGAGCACAUCUGCAGAGCACUGGCUGGGGAACGAGUACGUCUACCAGUUGACCAGCCAAAGGCAGUAUGUCCUUCGCGUGGAGCUGACAGACUGGGACGGACACCAGGCCUUCUCGCUGUAUGAUCGCUUUCAAAUUGGCAGUGAGAAACAGAACUACAGGCUGUUCCUGAAAAGCCACAGCGGGACGGCAGGCAGACAGAGCAGCCUGGUGAUCCACGGGGCAGACUUCAGCACCAAGGACAUGGACAACGAUAACUGCAUGUGCAAGUGCGCUCUCAUGCUCACUGGUGGUUGGUGGUUUGACGCCUGUGGCCCAUCCAACCUUAACGGCAUGUACUUCACGCAAGGACAACACGUGGGGAAGUUAAACGGCAUCAAGUGGCACUACUUUAAAGGCCCCAGCUACUCGCUACGAGCCACAGGCAUGAUGAUCCGCCCGUUGGACUUCUCCUCCUAGCCGUAAAAACCGCGGCUAUGUAGCGCAUUAGUGGGACGCUUCCAGUUUUUGUCCUCAUCUCAUUUCACCGGCCGUGUGUUGUAAUCUUUUUUUUUUUUUUUUUUUUCCCUCCUCGCUGGAACUUCAGUAAGAGCCGUGGGGAAGGAAAUCAAAGCGAGGCGUGAUUUAUGCACCCCCAUCACAAUAGCACACUUGCAAUUAUUUAAGGUACAACAAAAUAGGUCAUGUGUGUUUAUCCCACACUGGGAAAUUUGGAUGACAAGAAAUGUGGGGAUUGUUCUUUUAGGACGGUCGGAAUAGUGCAGAGCAGAGACGACUCACAAACUGCAGGACAGAACGGAUCUCUUAUGCUCUGAGGACACAACUUGUCUUUUGAAAUGUUAUAAUUAUACUUUGUGUUUUUAGGUACUCAUCUCGUACGGCAACUGUAUGCAUUAGCCACCAUCACAGGAAUGUUUUUAUUACAUUACAGUGCAUUCUACAUUUCUAUGUGCGUUAGGGUUGACUUUAAAAGGCGAAUUUCACGUGUAAAUACGAAUUAGGAUGGCAGUUAGUUUUGUAGUAAUAAUCUUUUUUUUUUUUGCGAUUACAAAGGAAUGGCUAGUUCAAGUUAAAGUACCACUGAUAGUACACACACUAGUUGUGGUGAAAUUACUGUCUGCAUUCGACCCAUCUUUUUGUUCCACCCCCUGGGAGGUGAGGGGAGCAGUGAGCAGCAGCAGGGGCCGCGCUCGGGUAUCAUUUUGGUGAUUUAACCCCCAAUUCCAACCCUUGAUCCUGAGUGCCAAGCAGGGAGGUAAUGGGUCCCAUUUUUAUAGUAUUUGGUAGGAUUCGGCUGGGGUUCGAACUCACGGGCCACUGACCAGUGCCAUCCAAUUGAUGAAUUCUAUGUAGAAGGGCCACAAUGAAAAGAAAAACAAGAAUUCACAUGUUAUGUUACGACUUGAAAAAAGGGGUCUAAAACUCAACUAACCGUUGGCAAGGUAGACUCUGGGCAAUGCCUGGCCAAAUAAAGACCUCAAAACGGAAUCUGACUUUAACCUUUUGACUAAUUUGUCAACCAGUACAAGUACAUGCAGAAUGCCAAUUCACCGUCGUAGAACUAUAAGUGCUUUUUUACCAAGAUGGUAACCAGGUUUGCAAAUGUAACAGAUAUGUUUAUUUGUCCGAUGUCAGCAUAAUGUUAACUCUGAGAUUGUCUAUUCAUCAAUGCUGCUGGAGUUUGGAAAUUAAUCAAGUCAAGGAAUUCUUGCAGCAAAUUGUUCACAUCAGAAUCAGAUAUACUUUAUUAAUCUCCGAAGGGGAAAUUAAGUUUUGCAGCACAAUCCCAUUCAAGAUCACGGAGACAGUACGGGAUCGCUGACGGGUCUGCCAACUUUUGGUGCCCCUUACAAAAAAGGUUAAAAACAGGUAAACGCUAACAGUGGUGAGUAAAAAAAAAAAAUCAGUCUAAGCCUGGGCCCUUGGAGAGGGGGUCCAGACUGAGGCCAAGGGAAAAAAAACCCACAUAGCCAUAGCACACAUAAGCAUGUGUGUAAGAGGGAAACAUCAAAGAACACAAAGGACAUUAAAGACAUUAAAAGAGUUGAUGCAACCAGCUAUUUCAACAAACAGCUACAAAAGUAAAAACAAAAACAAAAAAACGCAUAUAUACUGUGGUGGCCUCUGCGGUGUUCCACGCCAUUGUCUGCUGGGGCGGGGGUGGGGGGGCAUGGACAGAGUCAGGAGCAGACCCAACAAAGCAACCCACCAACUCUCGGCCAGUGUCCAGUCCGCAUGGAUAAGCGAGGACGCGUCUAAGGAGACCGAGGUGUCCGAUACACGCUCAUCCAGCCUGGACACUGUGAAGCUUGUCUGUCCCGACAUCUAAUCGUCUUUUCGCGAGGUCCGCGUAACGACAGCAGAAUGUGGAUCCAUGGAAGGUACGGUACUGUAGGAGAGCAGAAACACAGUAUGUGCAUCUUUGCUGAAAGUGUGUGUCUGUAUGAGUGUACCAAUCAUUUUAGGUUCCUAUUGUUGGUACACCUGACAUACUUGUUGGAGUAACACGAUAAAGAUAACCCCGUUGAUGUGUGCCACUGAUAACUCAGCUUUUACCUCAUUAAACUGUAGAUUUGAUCAUUGAUUUAUUUAAACAUAUUUUGUAACAUGUGGGCAAUGGUGUGUUGCUAUCAAAUAAAAUGUGAUGCACAAUGGUUAAAA